UUAUAUAGCCAGGCCGUGAUUUAUGCGACUUUAAUGUUCCCUGAUAACACCUGAUACACAAAAAUAGAUAUAUACCUGAGGCAGAGUAACCUUAUACCAAUUGGACAAGAGAAAAAUAUCUUCAAAUAAUUGUUAUGACAUCUGUCCACUCAAAUUCCCUCGGGUAUGUUUACUUAAUGUAUUCAAAAAUGUUGUCGGGGACUUUGAAGAUUUUAACAUUGUUAAUUUAAUAAUAGGACGGUAGACAGAAGAUGACCCUAGAUAAAUCGGACAAACAGUUAGAUUUUAACAGAUUAAUAGUCGGUAAUAUGUCUGUAUGUUCUCAUUUGGAUUUUACUGACUAGGACAGUUACGCAAUCUUUCAAAUCAAUACACUUAUUUGGCCUAAUGGACAUUUUUGGAAAUUUAUGUGCUUGCUGCUGGAUACUGUUGUGUUUGGUAAAUCUGUUGGAUUUAGUUAGAAAUUUGGUUAAUUAUGAGGUAUGAAAACCAGGGAAAAUGUUGAUAAACUUUUAAAUAGGCUAUCAGCGUGACUGAAUAAAAGAAUGAAAUUAAACUGUUGCAAGAUACUGAGAGAUAUAAUUACGUAGAUAAUGGAGUAUUGUGGUAUGAAUAGUGGCGUCUGUAACAAUAGGGAACUAUUUUGUGAGACUCCUUGCUACAGAGACAGUCAGACUGGUUCUAGAAACUGUAGCAAUAUUUACCAGUCUGUUAGAGGGACUACAUGUUUAAACCUAGGGGGUGGGGAAAAUUGUGCAAAUCAGAAUUUUGGAAAUGAUGAAUGUGUUUCAAGGGAUAGUGGAUUUGAUUUCGAAACUGACGAGCAAAUGAGUUUGGACUUAAACAGUGAUGUAACAGUGUUUGAGCCCCACCCCCAGAGUUUUCUCAAAGGUCAAGGUCACAUGCCCUGUGAAUAUAAUGGAGGGUCACUGGUUAAGUGGAGAAUGAAAAACAUGAAAAACGAUGAUGCCGAGAACAGCAACCAUAAUUCUGUGAGAAACUCACUGCACUGGGAAGAAUUUUUCGGAUCCUCCAUUGAUCUUACUCCAACUUUGCUCGGAAUUUAUGACAAAAUAGCAUCAGCCAAUGAGAAUGGAGAUCAGGGACCAGGUGACCAACCAGAAGUUGAAUACUUUGUGACCAAUGAAAAUUUGGAGGAUGGUUCUGAUGACCAAUGCCAUUCACCAAAAUCUUCACCUCAUCUUUCUAGAAAGUCAAAUGACCAAUCAAAAUUCAGGGAGCUUAUUAAUCGACCAGUUGGUGUAAAAGUUGAAUGUGAUGAUAAGUUUAACAAUAACAAAGUAAAAAUGGACCAUGAACAUAAAGAUCCAGCAGGAAUGGAUCAAGAUAAUAAGAAAAGACCUUUGAGUAUUAGUUCAAUGUCUUCUUCUUCAACUUCUUCACUUCCACGAAGAAGGAAGAGACCAAACCUGAGUCAGUAUGUUGAAUCCACCAGCUCUAGUCAGCUUGAUAUAGAAAAGCUUGACAAUUUAUUGUACAUUGAUGACAGUCCAGAAACGGAUGUUCCUGAGAGAAGUGCGGAUGAACUAUCUGUUUCUUCUGAGGACAAAGGAAAAUCAUGUGGGGACUCGGAUUCUCAAGCAUCAGCUGACCAUUCUAUUAAUGAUGGGGACCAAUCAGAACACUUGGAUCGGGAAAAAACUAUGUCUCUCCACCAGUCAGAUUCAGGCUUAUCAUUCACUCCAGCUAAUUCAGCCAAUAGUAGCACUGCUGAUUUGUCUUUGAACUCUGACCUUAAAUCUGUGAGAGGGUCACCUUCAAGGACAUCUCAGAAGUCAAGUGGAAUGCCACGGUCGGCUUCAUUGAAACAACAAGCUCAUUAUGUGAGUUUUGUACAGAGGGUUGUCACUGAACUAGUGGAGACUGAGAGGGCCUAUGUGUUACAUCUCCACGAUAUAAAACAGGGAUACUACCAGCAUAUCACAGAUUCCAAAAUACUGAAGUUCUCAGAUAGGGACAGGGAGUGCUUGUUUGGAAAUAUUAUGGAAAUUUACUAA